AUGGUAAGGCCAGAAAAGGAGGACAAGGAGACAUUUGAGCUUGGGGACUCUGUGUGCAUAACAGCCAUGACUUCUUCUGUGCAUGAUCUUUCUGAUAAUAGUGAAGCUGAUGAGCGGCAAAAACAAUCAGAAACACAGAUUCAGUCUUCUACUCCUGCAACUGCACCGGCACACCCGGGCAUCUUAACUCCAAAUGUUCAGUACACAACUCCACAGCCACAGCUUGGAGCAGGACAUACUAUGGCAUCAGCAGCUUACCCAUAUCCAGAUCCUUAUUAUAGAAGCAUUUUUGCUCCAUAUGACGCUCAGCCUUAUCCUCCACAGCCCUAUGGUGGACAACCAAUGGUAAUUUAUCUUUUGAUGCUGUAUGCUGGGUUCUUUAAGAAACUUGUAGUUUUGAUUUUGGUCUUGUGGAUUUUGUUGUUUGGGGACUUGGGUUUGGGGAGUCACUUUCUUUUCGACCAUAUUUCAGCAGUGUUGAAGGGGUUUGAGAAAUUUGGAGUGAGGGUUUUGCCAGGGCAGACCCACCAUGUGUUGUGGGCAAUUUUGGUUAUAGAUUGUGUUUACGAGUGCAAUGAUGGUGAGUUUUGGGAAGAGAGUUAUUUUGGAGAUAAAUGGAGAGAUGGUCAAUAUAGAGAGAAGAGGAAGAAAGGAGAUGGUUCACUUGGGUUCGAUAAUUCUCACAAGCAUACAUCUAAUCAGGUCCAUCUUCAGUUGAUGGGAAUUCAGCAAGCUGGAGUUCCCUUGCCAUCUGAUGCUGUUGAGGAACCUGUAUUCGUUAAUGCUAAACAGUAUCAUGGUAUCUUGAGACGGCGACAAUCUCGUGCAAAAGCUGAAUCAGAAAACAAAGCAAUUAAGUCUCGGAAGCCAUACUUGCAUGAAUCUCGACAUCAGCAUGCACUGAGAAGAGCUAGAGGAUGUGGGGGUCGGUUUCUCAAUUCGAAGAAAAAAGAGAAUCAACAACAGAAUGAAGUGGCCACAGGGAUGAGACUGAGGCUUAGGACUUAUCUGCACGAAAUUGAAAUCAUGUUAAUUGGCUGGGUAGGGGCUUUGGGGUGGGAGUUGCACGAGCCUCCAACUGGGCACCUCCAUGGUGCAACAGAGGUUAUCACAUCUGUUGUUGAAUGA